CCACCAUCAUCCCCUUCGCGCUCGCACAGGUCAAGCACUAUGUCGUCUUUCAAGCCAGACAACAAAAGCGAGGUUGAUCCUACGACUGAGGGACCUCAGCUUGACUAUGUCGACAGCCACCUCUCGGAGCAGGAAGAAUAUCGGCCACCGAUUGAGUAUCACUCUCCGGGCGCUUUUGUCUCGAGUUGCUGGAGGAGAUUCCGGAGCGUUUGGACUCAGCGGUUCAUUCUCAGUCUGUUGGCGGGACAGGUCGUGUCACUGUGCAUUACCUGCACAAACGUCACUACGACGGAGCUGGUGGAUCGGAACUGGUCACUCCCUACCACCCAGACGUGGUUUUUAUACUUCUCCCUGUUCAUCACGUACACCCCCUACACGAUCUACAAAUAUGGCUUCAAGGGCUGGUUCAAGAUGCUCUACAAGGACAGCUGGAAGUACAUUAUCCUGGCUGCUUGCGACGUCGAAGGCAAUUUCCUCGUAGUGAAGGCUUACAACUACACCAACUUACUCUCCUGCAUGUUGCUUGAUGCAUGGGCCAUUCCUACGUGUAUGUUUUUUGCCUGGCUGUACAUGCGUCCGAAAUACCAUUGGACUCAAGUGAUUGGUAUCCUGAUCUGUGUUCUUGGCUUGGGUCUCCUCGUGGCCUCCGACGAAAUCACGGACAAGGACUACCCUGCCCUGAGCAAGGGCAAGGGCGACGCUUUCAUGAUUGUCGGCGCCACACUCUACGGAUUCACCAAUGCGACAGAAGAGUUCUUCGUGCGCCGAUCGCCUCUUUACGAAGUUGUGGGUCAACUUGGAAUGUGGGGUAUGAUCAUCAAUGGAAUCCAAGCAGCGGGGCUGGAACACGAAGUCAUGAAGUUGGCUACCUGGUCCGGCAUGAAUAUUGGUCUUCUCGUCGCUUAUACUUCGGCUAUGUUCAUUCUGUACACCGUUGCACCGUUGCUAUACCGCCUCGCGUCAUCGACGUACUACAACAUCAGCUUGCUCACAAGCGACUUCUACGGUCUUCUCUUCGGUCUCUUCCUCUUCCACUACAGCCCAUACUGGCUCUACUUCCCCUCGUUCGUCGUCGUCAUCGUCGGUCUCGUGGUAUACUUCUGGCGUUCGACUCCCGAGGAACAAGGUAAGAUCGACAUUCAAGCGCCUUCGUACGUCAACAGGCGCGGGGAACCUUCAGACCCUUCCGCUAUCGCUACUGUUUAGAAGCGAAUCCAUCGCUCCUCAUCCUUCGUCUACGAUGUCUCAUUCGCCACCACGAGAAGUCUACGGUUGUACACGCCUUAUAGUCGCACUUUCUACUCUGCUCUUGCUUUCUCCUCCCUACCUGCACGAAAAGCUAUUCUUCACUCUAUCCCACUAUCACACCCCUAUGGAUUCGGUUAGCCGCUGUUGAUGACGAUGAAGACGUUGGUUGUAUUAUUAAUUCUUCUGUUGCUCUGUUGGUUUGGUGUGGUGGCGGUGUUUGCUUUUCCCUUCCACCAGCACUGUGUUCUUCUUAAUAUUUUGGGAUUUAUCUGUAGCUUACACAUGGUGCACGAGUGCAGAGCGGAUGGCGCUACGCAAUUGACUUUAUGAUGCA